AUGUCCAGCUCCGUCAUCACCGCACCUCUCGUGGGUGGUGUCUCUCCCAACCGCUUGGGCUUCUGUCAACGAUGCGGUGAUCCCAUCUCUGGCAAGAUCCGGUGUAGCCGAUGUGGAGGUACGAGCAAAGAACCUCGUAUUCGCUCCACGCAAGCACUUCCAGCUGCCAAAAAAGCCGACCCAUGGGCACAUCGCUACGUCAACGCCGACUCGAGCUUCGAGCCCGUCUCCGGGGCAGGCCAGGCCCAAGAAGGAGACGAGUACCUUCACAACCAGCCGCCCCCGCUCUCUCCCAAACGCAUGAAUCAUGAUCCUGCGUUGGGCUUUGGAAUGCCUUCCCGCAUCUCGCGUGACCUUCGCACCAGUGCCAUGGCCACCUCCGGAUCAGUUGACGCCGAUCUCAGCCUCCUGGUCAGCUCCACUACCGCGAACUCUUCAAGGCUCAGUCCGGCGCCCGUGGUGCAGGAUUCGCGCUGCGCAAGUCAAGACUAUUCUGCACCCGUCGUCAAGGGCUCUGAUGGUGUCCUCUCGAAAGUAUGCGGCUCGCUGGUCGAGCCCUCCGAGAGUCGCAACCGUUGGGCCUGUGCUGAUUGUUCCACUGUCUUUGCGCGUGACUCUACGCUUUACGCAGCCCCGGCCUCGUUGCAGAAGCACGAUGCAUCUUACUACUGUCGUGAUUGCUACUCUACGCGGUACAGCCUCGGAGACUGCCAAGCGUGUGGCCGCGACGUGCUGGGGUCGACAAAGGAGGACGGCAAGUAUGUCAAAGCCUCGAGUGGGGUUUGGCAUGGAAGGUGUUGGAAGUGUAUGGCUUGUUCCAAGGGUGGCGCUGACGGUGCAGAUAUCUUUGUGGGGAUGGACGGCAAGCCUACCUGUGAGGGCUGCUUUGAUCGUCCUCGACGAGCGCCCUCUGCGGAGCCCCCUGCUCGUGGAAAGUCGCCUGCAGAGGUUGGUCUUCCGGACGUGCGCAGAAUCACUCGUGUCGGCGCCGCACGGACUGGCGCGAUGGGAGCCACCAUCGAAGAGCUCACCAAGAAGCUGGGGCAGCAGACGGCAUCGUCUUCGCCUCGAAUCCCCUUCUCCAGUCGAUCGAGCUCCAACACUUCCAUGCCCACCACGUCCUCAUCCAAAGGCUCUCUCGAAGCGCCACGCUCGCCAGCCAAGGGCGGAUACGCCUUUCGCAACCACGUGCCAACUUCUCCUGGCAAGACCUCGAGCAUGCCGCGAUCGGGUAGUUUCACAGGAAGCCCGCCAAAGCCGCGCCCUCUCACAGCGCAAUUCAGGGACGGAAUGAACUUGGCUGCUUUCAAGCCGUCCUUUGGGAAUGAGGGCGAGGGUGAGCGCCUUUACCGAACGGACUCACGCAGCCGCAGUGUGAGCCCUGUCAAGCGGCCCGAGUGGACUCGUUCCAAGCAGACCACCGACGUUGCACUUCAGACUGUUGGAUGUCGCGGACCAGAAGCGGCACAGGUGCGAGGAGAAUCCAAAGUUCCAGGAAGCCCUUCUUUCGCUCCGGUCAGCGCUGCAAACAAUAGGAUCGACAUGGCGACGGCGCAUGACCCGGAUCGACGUCGCACCUCGAGCGGCUUUCCUCUGCCGCUGCAUUCUCCCUUCUCGACGCCCAAGAGCACAGAACCGAGCGAACCGCUUCAAGGUGAUAAGCCCACCUCUGCUGCAGAGACCGAUCUGGCGAGCCACCUGGAGCCGGCCGAAGGCAAGGCGCGCUGUGCCAAAUGUCACCUGCUACCCUUCGAGCGUACCAAUUCCUCCGAUGGGCACGAAGUAGUCAUGGUGACGCUGGCAGACGACGUGCAUCUUCACGCUGAAUGUUUCCGCUGCUCCGUCUGCCACGAGCUCAUCGACGGGAGCAGGACAUUUGUGCGGCUUCAAGGCGGGGGAGAUGCAGUGCAAGCGGGAGGCGUCGGUGCAUAUGCUCAUCCGCAGUGCUCGCCGGCUGUUCAGCUGGCCGUGGUGCAGGUGGGGCAGGAGGACAGCAAAGGUGGACAGAAGAGCUACCGGGCUAGUUUGGAGCCUGGGCACGCAGUGGCGGUGGGGAUGAGUCGGGAGGGCAAUGCCAGGAGUCACGCUACGCAUCAGAGAGAGCUCAAGCCGAGUCCUGUACCGUCUCCUGCUGCAUCGAUGCGGACGAGGGAAAACGGUGGGAGGGGGUCGAUUUUACCAGACUCAUCGACGGCGGCGGGUGAUGCGAAGACGGCCUCUGCCGUGCGACGAUUCCAGCCCACAGCCGGGGCAGCACCACCAAUGCGCUCGACCGUCCUCUCCUCUCCUCCCACUGCCGCGUCGACAGUAGCACGAGCUGCCAACCCCGCAGCAGGCAUCUUCUCCCGCCUCACCGCGCUCCAGUCCGCCUCCGGCAACCCGGCGCUCACCGACAACCCACCCAAGGCCAGGCUCGGCGGCAUGCACAACUGCGCCUUCUGCGGCGAGAAACUCUCCUCGCUCGAAUCCACCCUGGGCCCGAGGGGAACGCAGUGGCAUAGAACCUGCCUUGUGUGCCGCGCUCCUCCGCCUCCGCAGCCCAAGGGGACGUACUACGUGCGUGGCAAGCAGGCCCCGCUCAUGUGUGGCAAGCGGCUCGACAGCGGCGCAAAGGUCAAUGGGCAGGGCGAGGUCAGGUGCCGCGACUGCUUUGAUCGCGAAUCAGGCGCGUUUAGAAUCAAGGUGUAG